AUGGACGGCGACGACCUUAUUGCCUCGGUCUACCGCAAGAUCGAGCGGGAAAAGGCCCUCAUCACCGCCGCCUCCAACAUGCGACAGUCCACCGAUAACCCCCUCGUACAACAGAGAGUCGAUGCGAACAUCCGCGAUGGCCGAAAGAACAUCGCCUACCUCGAGGAAAAGAUGCGAGAGCUCCAGCUUCGUCGCAUGGAACAGGACGGCGGCUCCCCCACCGAGAAGCGCCUGCCUCCUGGCCCUGACGCCCCGGCCCCUCCUCCGAAGGAUUACGGUCCGGGGUACGCGGGGGACGACCAGGGAGAGUACGGUGAUGCGUACGGCGGCAGUGGUUCCAUGCCCGCCGGCGCCCCGUUCAAGGAUCCCCGUCCUUUUGCUCCGGUGCCCAAGGCCCGGCCGAAUUAUACAAAACUGGAUCUGAUCAAAUACGAUACCCCCUAUCUCGGCCCCAAGAUCCAACUCAUGUUGUCCCAGCUGGAGUUCAAAUUAAGUGUCGAGAAGCAGUACAAAGCCGGUAUCGAGAAGAUGGUCCGCCUAUACCAGGACGAGGGCGACCGGAAGAGCCGCGCGGAUGCCGAGGGUCGCCGCAUCGAGAGUAACCAGAAGAUUCAGCUGUUGAAGCAGGCUCUGAAGAGAUACGAGGACCUCCACGUCGACAUCGAAUCUACAGAUACUCCUGACGAUGAGAGUUUAAGCACCCCCAACCUGCGCAAACCCCUCACGGGUCUCCUGACCUUGCGUAUCCAUGCCGUAAGGGAUGUCGAUCACGCUGCCGGUUCGAGAUUCUCGAGAGGGCCCGAAACCUACGUCGUUUUGAAAGUCGAAGAUGCAGUCAAAGCCCGAACAAAAGCAACCCGAAACGAUAGAUGGCAAGACGAGACAUUCAACAUUGACAUUGACAAGGCGAACGAAUUAGAGCUUACGGUAUACGAUAAAUCGGGCGACAGACCUACACCGAUUGGAAUGCUUUGGGUACGCAUCUCGGACAUUGCAGAGGAGAUGCGUCGCAAAAAGAUCGAGACUGAGUUGAAUGCAUCUGGCUGGGUGUCGGCUGAUAAGAUGGAGGCCGGUGGCACGCCGGGGCGCCCUGAUAUGGCUGGUCCGACGGGCUCUACCCAUGGCCCCGGAUCGGCGGGUCACCCUGGCAGUACUGCUCAAGGUCAAGCCAAUCUGCCCCCCGGCGCGGCGCCUCCCGGAGGUCCAGUCAUGAUCGACUCGUGGUUCGCCCUGGAGCCGGUUGGUCGCAUCUAUCUGUCGUUGAGUUUCGCCAAGCAAAUGAAGGACCGCCGCCCGUUCGAUGUCGGUUUGAACCGUCAGGGUGCUGUUCGACAGAAGAAGGAAGAGAUUCACGAGAAGCAAGGUCACAAAUUCGUCACCCAACAGUUCUACAACAUCAUGCGCUGUGCUCUUUGCGGCGAUUUCUUGAAGUAUGCGGCCGGCAUGCAAUGUGCUGAUUGCAAGUAUACCUGCCACCGCAAGUGCUAUCCCAAGGUCGUCACCAAGUGUAUCAGCAAGGCAAACUACGAAACCGAUCCGGACGAGGAGAAGAUCAACCAUCGUAUUCCUCAUCGUUUCGAGAGUUUCGCCAAUAUCUCUGCCAAUUGGUGUUGUCACUGCGGAUACCUACUUCCUUUUGGACGCAAGAGUGCCAAGCGAUGCUCAGAAUGUGGUCUCACUUGCCAUGCUCAUUGUACACAUCUGGUUCCGGAUUUCUGUGGCAUGUCCAUGGAGGCUGCCAACCAAAUCUUGGAAACCAUCAUCCGGGCCAAGAAUCAUAACAAAUCCACUUCUGUUAGUUCUGGCCUCAGUGGCCGCACCCUUCGACCCAGCGGCCCCCCUCAACCACCUCAAGAUAACGCCGCUCUUGCCUAUCCUCAAAAGCCCACCGAGGGUCCCUACGGGGCGCCUCAAAGACAACCUUCCGCCGAAGCCGUGAGCGCCGCGACUAACUCAUAUAUGCCACCACAGUCCCCGACAGCCGCCCAACGCCAGCAGCUUCCUCCCAGAACGUCGUCGUCGUCAAGUCCUGCUGCGGCCGCGGCCGCCGCGGCGACCGGCCUUCGCACUCCUCAGCAACCGCCAGUCGAUACUGGCCGUCCUGUGCAGGCCCCGCCCCCGCAGCACGCCCACUACGACCCGGCUGCGUACGCAUCCUACCAGCAAGCCAUGCAGCCCCCGCAGGCAAUGCAACAGGUUGCGUCGCCAUAUGGUAUGCAGCCACAGCAACAGCCUGUUCCCGUGAUGCAGCAACAGGUUGCUGUCAAGGAAGAAGUUCCACCUCCGCAGCCUAAGGUUAGAAUUGGACUGGAUCACUUCAACUUCUUGGCUGUCCUUGGUAAGGGUAACUUCGGAAAGGUCAUGUUGGCCGAGACAAAGACCACCAAGAAGUUUUCAUCAUCGGAACAUGAUGAAGUGGAGAGCACCAAGUCCGAGAAGCGUGUCUUUUUAAUCGCCAACAAGGAACGCCACCCAUUCCUUCUGAACCUCCAUGCUUGUUUCCAGACGGAGACUCGUGUGUACUUUGUGAUGGAGUACAUCAGCGGUGGUGAUCUGAUGCUGCACAUUCAGCGGGGCCAAUUUGGCUUGAAACGAGCGCAAUUCUACGCUGCGGAGGUCCUGCUGGCGCUCAAGUACUUCCACGAGAACGGCGUUAUCUACCGUGACCUGAAGCUUGAUAACAUCCUGUUGACCCUGGACGGUCACAUCAAGAUUGCGGAUUACGGUCUCUGCAAGGAGAACAUGUGGUAUGGAGCGACCACCAGCACUUUCUGUGGUACUCCCGAAUUUAUGGCGCCUGAGAUCUUGCUGGAUAAGAAGUAUGGCCGGGCCGUCGACUGGUGGGCUUUUGGUGUGUUGAUCUACCAGAUGCUCCUUCAACAGUCUCCCUUCCGUGGUGAGGAUGAAGAAGAAAUCUACGACGCCAUUCUUGCGGAUGAGCCCCUCUACCCCAUCCACAUGCCGAGAGAUUCGGUGUCCAUUCUCCAGAAGCUCCUCACGCGCGAGCCUGAACUCCGACUGGGUUCGGGGCCAACGGAUGCCCAGGAGGUGAUGUCUCACGCUUUCUUCCGCAAUGUCAACUGGGAUGACAUCUACCACAAGCGGGUUCCGCCGCCCUUCAAGCCCACAAUUAGCAACGCCACAGAUACCAGCAAUUUCGAUCAGGAAUUUACCAGCGUCACGCCAGUUCUCACCCCUGUGCAAUCAGUUCUCUCACAAGCUAUGCAAGAAGAAUUCCGCGGAUUUUCUUACACAGCCGACUUUGCUUAA